AGGAAGAAGGUUUCAAGUUAGCUCGUUGGCUAAUUUUAAUGCAAAUCCUUGUGUAUUUGUUUUAAUAGGUUAUUCAGGUUCACAGUAUUAAUCGCGGGUAAUAGAAAGUAUGAGAUUGCACUCGUAAGGUGCAUGUGAAGCUCGGGCUAGCUACCUGCUGUUGGUGUAUAUCAUGUCUUUGAUACGGUGCUGUAGUCAGCUAACCUAACGUUACAAGUAACAAAGUGCAGCAUGAAACCCAUGAUAGUGAGGCAGUGUGUUCUUCAUGGACCCAGUGGAUCAUGUCUCUGAUCCUGUUUGCCUUUGUGGUUCGGGUCAGGGAUGGACUCCCCCUGUCAGCCUCCACAGACUUUGAACACAACCGAGAGCUCCAGGAGAGGAAGCAGCAGCUCAGGACCAUCAGCAAGGCACUGGCCCGUUUCCCUGACAGAGGGACUGUCAAGGGCCAGAAGCUCAACAUAUACUUCGUCUCCUCAGAGGGUGUAUCCUACAUGACCGUGUGCCACUGCAGCCUCCCUGUUGCUAAGGCCUUCUGCUUCCUGGAAGAUCUACGCUGGGAGUUCACAGCAUGCUUCAAUAGCACUGUUGUUGCCUUGGCAGCCCGGCCAUAUCCAUUUUUGGAAUUUGACAGCACCAUUCAGAAGCUGAAGCAGCAGUACAACCAGAGCGGUGGUCCAGCCCUGGAGGUGACAUUGGCAGAGGUCCAGGAGGAUCUGAGGAUCCAUCCACCACAAGUAAUUAACUUGGAGGAAGUGGAGCUCACCAACGGCACUGCAAAUGGGCACAUGGAGCAAGGUCCUGGAUCUGGUCAGAAUGUACGACUGGAGCCAGUGACAGCGCCAGGCAUCCUCUCUCUGGUCCUAAAUAUCAUGUGUGCAUCUUUAAACAUAAUCCGUGGUGUUCACCUCAUAGAGUUCACAUUUCAGGAUGAUUAUGAAGGAAUAUGGAAUGUUGUGGCGUUUCUUUUGGCGUUUGUCUGCUGUGUGUUUCAGUGCCACCUAUACCUGUUCCACUCAUCUCUGAAGAAACUCAAGUCCUUUGCUCUGUUGAGUGCAAUCGUCCUAUGCAACCUCUACCUGCUCGGCCUGAGGAACGCGUGGCAGCUGAUCUUCCAAAUUUCAGUCGCCUCCCUCUCCACCCUCCUCAUCCUCACGCGCAAACUCCAAGACAGAGCUGAUGACUGUGGGGUCUGAGGAGAAGAGGACAGCUCAUUGCGUUGCACCUCUCACAGCUCUUUGUUUCAGUGAAGGUGAGAACAACAGGGAAGCGGAUGGCCUGAUACACAUUUGUUAUGAAGAUUUGUGUCGUCAUGGAAAAUUAUAAUUACAAGCAAAUCUUUUCUUGUAAACAGUAUGUACUUGCACUUUGUGUACAUUGUUUCCUAGACUGUAAAGAGUACACCGUGAAAUGCAGUUUUUUCUAGAUCCUUGAAACUAUCUUGUUAGCCUAAAUAAUAACACUGCAAACAGAUAGUGACAGAAGGGUUUGGGAUGUGGUUAAAGGUGAUAAAUCUCAGAGUUGUUUUCAGUCAGAGUCGCUGACCAAAGUUUUUCAUGUAGAAACAAUCUUUUUUUUAUCAAUGCACUAACUGUUGAAGUUGGGCACGCUUGCAAUUCUGUCAUUAAGAUGCACUUCUGUUCAGCUUAGUAUUAUUUAUGCUAUCACAGGCAGUUUACAACCCAAGGUGACCGUUUGUGAUUGUAACAGAUGUUAGAUUUAAUUGUACUUUUAAACCAGGCACACAUGACUGAUUAGCAGACAGUUUGGUCGUCCAUCCCGCACUGGUAGCAGUGUGAUACUUCAAUUAUCUUGUGUAGUCUGACUUAUGAUCAGUGACAGUCAAGUAAAGCAGAUAAUGCCGCUGUUUGUUUUCCAUUAUUUGCUCAAUAGGCUACAGUAAAAACCUAAUGCAACGGUGUAAAUUUAAAGCUUUUGGUUUAUUCAUGCCUUACUGUUUGUUUAAUUGUGUUGACUUGUAUACAGACACACCGGCAAGUGCUCAGCUAGUCUCUGCAAACAUUCAGAUGUAAGGGCUCUGUUAUUUAAUGACUUAAUGGGAAAUUACAUUCUAUACUGAGGCACAGUUAGUCUAAUAAUCAUGUAAGGCAUGGUGUUAAGGCAUGUUAUUUUACUAUUGAAGAAUUGAAGAAGAAUUGUGUCGCAUCAACUCACAUUCUAAACCUGUUUUUUUUUUUUUUUUCACAACAAAUUUAGAUAUUUUAUUUUGUCUUUUUCUACUGAUCUCUGUAUUGUCAAAAUGUAAACUGCGGGUAAGAAUAUGAAAGCACUGAUUUGAUGGGUAAAAAUGUUUGACUGCACUAUUAGGAUUAGAUUUGUUUUGUGUUGGUAAUGGUAAUUUUUCUUGAAUGUGUUUCAUAUCAGGUUCAGCUAAAAUUAUAUUUAUAUCCUGAUGUGUGUUUACUUGGUUUCAUUUUUUUCAUUCUUUCUUAGGGAGUGGUGUUAUAAACCCCAAUCUGUAGUUCUCAGAUUGUUAGAAAAAUAGUCACAUAAAUCAAUUUUCUAAAUCAUUUUUUUUUUUGUUAAUUUUAUUAGCACACCAGUUUAGCAUCAAGUUUCUUAGACGUUCAAUUUUUAAUAGCUAAAGAGAGUUGCACUUUAUUGAGUGAGGGAAGUAAAUUAUCAGUUUGUAGUGUUUGUCAAACAAGUAUCAUUGUGUCCUUAACACCAGACCACUCCCUUGUUGUAUCAAGAAAGUUAGAGGAAGUGUUUAAGAAAAACAAAAAGGUUACGUCUGAUGUGACAAUUAAGAAGUUCCUUUACUGUAAUGUACAAAUGGUUUGGAAAAGUCUCUCUUAGCUUGUAGUUUACAAAGAUUGAGGAAAGUCAGAUGUUUUCGCUGGAAGCCUAAACUGGAAGCAGAUAACACAGUUGAGCCUCCUAAUACAUUUUUAAUUUGUUCUAAAGUAGGUUGUACUAUCCAUAUAUUGUGGUAAAUUGCUGAGAAGUAGACUCGCUCAGUGAACAGCCUUUUCGAUGCUGUGUUAUAUGACAAGAGGAGUGAACUCUUGUUCAAAUAAGAUUUUCUGUGGAAAAUCCGAAUACCAUAAAUACGUGAGAUUUUGUUAUUAUUUGUUACACUGCCGGGUAUUUUCUGUGCAGGACGUUGGCGAUGCUGUAAUAUUUUUGAUACAAAUAGGAGGUUUUACUGACUCACCAUUUCCACUGUAGCCUACAAGUUGUUGACCAAAUGAAUUGUAAAAUAAUGUCGCCACCGAUGUUCUAAAGAUGUGGAACCAAAUAAUGUGGAGGAUAUUUUAACACUUGAAAUGGAAAUGAAGGAGAAUUAUGUUGAUCAUGAAGGUUUAGAACAAACUGUAGAAAUACACAAUGUCCAAUUUGAAACAUGUGGCAGCCUUCUCUUAAUAUAAAUAGUUUUCUUUGAUCAACAUUUGUCUUAAAUGUAAUCUGAAUAAGUAAUGGUUUGGAACUCAUUCAGAUUCAGAAGGACAACCUGUAGUAUGUUUAAUAGGGCAUUUGUAUGUAAUUAGACUCACAUAAGGUUGGUUCAGUGUUUUUUGUGGCUGCAACCUGUUUGUAAAAAUAGGAAGUAAUGUAACAGUGUAAUUCAUUGCACCUGCCAAAUUACAGGGUGAUUACAGGGCUUUAUGUGUUUUUUCCAUGGUGGUAAAACUGACAUUUCAUUAAUAAAUAGUGUCUUUUUUCCCA